AUGGCAAGUGACCGAACAAAGAUUGCCGUUCAACUCAACUUCUUUUCCUCGUCAUUUUUAACUUGUUUGUUUUUAUGGCUUCAUUAUUUUCUUUCUUUCUUCAUAACUCUGGUCCGAAUUUUCUUCCUUUCUUUUCUUCUUUCUUCCGAUUUUCCUUCUUUUUCUUAUUCUUUCCUUUCUUCCUUCUUUUCGUUCCUCCUCUCCUCUUACAUUCCUUCCUUACUUCCUCCCCUUCUUCCAUUUUUAUUUUCUUUCUUUUUUUUUCUUUUAUUUCUUCCCUUUGUUCUUUCAUCUUUCUUUCCUGUCGUCCUUCGUUCUUUCUUUCAACCUCUUCUUCCUUUCUCACUUUUCUAUUCGUUCAUUUUUUUUUUUCCUCUUCUAUCUUCCUACUGUCUUCUCUCUUCACUUUUUCCUUUCCGUUCUUCUUUUCUUCCUAUCUUUCUUUCAUUUCUUCCUUCAUUCAUUCUUUCCUUCUGUCAACAAGCCGUAAAAAACGAAUCGAUCAAUUCUUUCUAUCUCGCUGGAUUUUCCCUUCCAUCUUUCUUUCUUCCUUUCUUUUCUUUCGCAUUUACUAUCUUCUUUCUUUCUUAUUUACUGUUUUCCUUCUUUCUUUCUUUUUUACUUUCUUAUUUACUGUAUUCCUUCUUUCUUCUUUCGUUUUUCUUUCAUAAAUACUGUAUCCCUUCUUUCUUCUUUCUUUCUUUCUUUCUUUCUUUCUUUCUUUCUUUCUUUCUUUCUUCGUUUCUUUCUUAUUGA